AGGUGAAAGGAGUAAAUGGAAACGCACGGCCUUCGUGUCGCUCCAGAUUGGUCAAAGGCUCAACAUUGGUCAUGUCAUCAGUUCUUCUGCAACCGUCUUCAUCCACACACUCCUAAAACAACCAUGCAGUUCUUCGUUUUUGCCACUUUGGUUGCUGUUGCAGUUGCCGCUGAUGUCUACCCUUCCACUCCAGCUCCAACUUACAGCAAGAGCUACGAUUACCCCCCGCAGCCAUACAGCUUCGCAUGGGAAGUCAAUGAUGCUCCUUCCUACAACAAUUAUGCCCACUCUGAGAAUAGCGAUGGGAAGUUGACUACUGGAUCUUACCGUGUUGUUCUACCCGACGGCCGCACUCAAAUUGUUAGCUACAAAGCUGAUAGCAAUGGAUAUGUUGCCGAUGUCAAAUACGAAGGUGUGGCCAAGUAUCCGGAAUACAAACCCGCCGCUUCUUACCCAGCUCCUGCUUACCAGGCCCCUGCCUACAAAGAGCCAACUUAUUAAUUCAGUGUAUUCUUUGAAAACAAAACUAUAUUCUUAACCUCAGAUCUUAUUGCAAUACAAA